ACAUCACUGAAACACAGAAUCUGCUUAAACGAAUAUGAAACCCAUCAACGUAAAGUCAACAGGAGCCAAGUUUGGAUACACAACAAGAUGCUUGUUCAACACAAUCUUGGCUCACAUACCCAAAACAUCCUUCACAGCGAGACACAUGAAUAAAGAUCUAGUUAAGGGUUUACACCAAUGAGACAUUCGGGAGCCACAACAUAUUCUGGAUUCCAGCGGGUAUCAGAAGGAAGAGUGAGACGUUGGAGCAGACGGAAGCCGAGAGAGAGGUGAAAGUGAAUCAAAGCUGCAAAAUAUGGAACUUGGAGCCAAGCUAUUUAGACAGAAAUGGAGUAUGUGCUUAAUUAACCAGGAAAAAACGUCCUCGGCCAGCUGGACCAAAGAGACAACUGUCCAUCAACCUUUUCCGGUCAGUCAGGCUGGCUUCCUACUGUGACGACCGGGUCGCAUGAUGAUGCGGGGUUCGUUCUCCCAGGAUGCAGAUGGACUUAAGACACAGCGUGCAGUGGCGCUGUUGCAACUCCUUGGGGGAAAGCAGCCUCAAAUACUGAAGAUGCCUGGCCUCCAGGGUGAACAUGUAUCCUCUCUGGGGAGCCCCAUCAAGAGGAAUAAACUUUCUCUGAAGUUCUUCCAGAAGAAGGACACUAAGCGUGUUUUGGAUUUCUCUGAGCCUCAAGCAGAUGAAGCCAAGCCAGUCAGCUGUGAUCAGGUGGUGCCUGCUCCAUCUUCACGCCCUGGCUCUCCUGGCCUCUUCUUGCCACCAAGUGAGAAAAGAGACAACUUGGUGCCGUUCGUGGGCUUCAGCAACGGUGGCAACACCUGCUAUUUGAACAGCAUUUUACAGGUACUCUAUCACUGUCCAGGCCUAAAGGAAGGUAUCAAGUCCUUGUACAAGUUGUCAAAAGGGAACUCUAAACUUGGUGAAGAGAUUAAAUGUGAAGAGCAUUUAGAGGAUGCUGCUGAACCUUCCUCACCGGCACACAUUGAGCUCAUCGGAAGCUUUCACAGUCUGAUAACCUCAGUGGAGCAGGUACAGGCCAAAUUCCUGCUGAGUCCAGAAAGCUUCAGUGAGAGAGAGCUUGACACGUCACCUCGCAAACUUCUUCACACACUCAGGCAACUGAACCCAAUGUAUGAAGGCUAUCUUCAGCAUGAUGCCCAAGAGGUUCUGCAAUGCAUUCUGGGCUACAUCCAAGAGGCCUGCAUCACCAUACGGAAGGAGCACAAGCUGGAGAAGCAGGAGGAUGUUGAUGUGACUAAGGUCCAAGUCAAAAAUGGCACCCCUCUUAGUUCACACAAUUCUGAACUGGAUAGAAGCACAGAAGAUGAAGGUCAAGUGAAUGGAAAGAGGAAGAGCGAUACGGACUUGGGAAAUGCCAAAAAGAAGCCAAAAUCUAUUAAAUCUGCCAGAUCUAGUGCUGAAGAGGAGCAUGCCGUGAGUGCACCUGUCACCCGUUCCAAAAGGAAGUCGUCCUGCGACAUCACCCAGGAUAACACGCAUGGCAAAGAUGGAGAGGAAGGAAAGGGAGACAAGGAAAUAAAAGUAAAAGAGGAGGAAGAUGUGGGCAGUGAUAAUGAGAAAACCUCUAACGAGGCUGACGAGAAAAAGAAGCGUAGUAAAUUGAGCUGGCUGAGACCGGUUAGGAAACAACCCAGCAUCAUGUCGAUGUUUCGCACUGUGGGGAAGCUCACCUCCUCCUUUGGAAAGAAGGUGGAGCAAGAGAACAAUGUGACCGAGGACAAGCAAACUAAAGAUGAUAAGUCAGAAGACGAUCAGGAGGUCGUCCCUCAAAACGUAAACAGUGUAGAGAAAGAAGCACACCAAGACGGUCUAGACCUGUUGGAGCGCUUGUUCCAAGGCCAGCUGGUCUUACGCACUCGUUGUCUGGAGUGUGAGAGCUUCACCGAAAGGCGAGAAGACUUCCAGGACAUCAGUGUCCCCGUGCUGGAUGAGCAACCCAGCAGCCCAGACGAUCUCUCUUCAGUUUCUCCAUACCCCAAAUUAGAGCAGAAAACCUUGAAGUGGUCUAUCGCACAGUUUGCGUCGGUGGAGCGCAUCGUGGGAGAAGACAAGUACUUCUGUGACACGUGUCAUCACUACGCUGAAGCUGAAAGGAGUCUUCUGUUUGACAAAACGCCCGACGUCAUCACUAUUCACCUGAAGCGCUUCUCCGCCAACAAUCUGGAACUGGACCCCUAUGCAGGUCUGUCCAAGGUCAACACUCCCUUGCAGACGCCGCUGACAUUGUCUCUGGAGGAGUGGUGCACACCUCGAUCUUCCGACAAAGGCCACCACUACCAGCUCUUCGCCGUGGUCAUGCACAGCGGCGUGUCCAUCAGCAGCGGCCAUUACACAGCGUACGUCCGUAUGAGCGGCUUGGAGGACGCCAAGCUCUGGCUGCAAGACGGGAAGGAGACGGAAGAGGAGGAGGCGAAGGACUACGACGAUGGCGAAGUUUCUGUCAAGCAGAAUGCAAAAGAACAGCCGGCGCCUAGCUUGGCGUGCAGCAAGCCAGGAAGUAAGAAGCUUCCCGAAGGUGGCGUCGGACUCUUGGGAGGUCAGCGGAGUUCAGUGGGCAGCGUGAGAGAAGCGCCCAAACAGAGAACAACUCUAAACUACAAUCCAGAAGCAGGAGAUGGGCCUUUGACUUCCUGUGAGGGUUUGGAGGCCUCAGAGCAGCAAGCUUUAAACAACCUCCUGGAGUACGAAGGAAAAUGGCUGCUCUUCGACGACUCAGAGGUGCGCUUGUUUCAGGAGGAAGAUGUCCUGCAAGCUUGUUCUCACCAGACUUGCUCGUCUUCAACACCGUAUCUGCUCUUCUACAAGAGAGUACACGCGGACACCACGCCUCCUUCACAAUAAGAUAAGUACGUAUUACAGAACACAUGGCUUUAUCUUCUGUAGCACUCAUUUGACAAACAAUGAAGGUUUUGUGCCACAAGCAAACCUUUUUAACAUGUUUUUUUUGUUUGGUCUUCUACCAAUUGACUUAAAAGUGGAGUGAAAGAAAGUGCUACACUUGCUUCUAAAUCAUGUUGAUCAUCAAGUCUAAAGCCAAACAACACAUGGAUGUGAGAAUUUACUCCUCCGCUGUUUUUAACAAGAUCAAUCAUGACUCAAAUGUUUUGUGUAAUGUGUGCAUUUCGCAAUGUAAACAAAACUGCAUCAGAUCUUGAGUGGACCAGAAUAUGAAAUAAACUUUUAGUUAGCUUUUUCACAUUAACUAUGAAAGACAAUGUUUUCUCUGGUAAGACAAACACACCAGUUUGCAUUAUUCAUCUGUUCUGGAUAAAUAACCCAAUAGGAAACACCACCAGUCGUCCUGCGCUACAUCCCAUUCAAAUAUUGCAGCUUCACCACAUCGCAGAUUUGUAGGGGAAAUUAAAAAAAAAGGCUUAAGGCAUAUUUUACAAUUUCUUUGGGUCAUAAAUUAAGCAUUGUCAAGCAUAAAAUGGCUAAAUGAACCCAACAUAUGACUACAUUAGUAUUGGCCAAUAGAUACCAAACCAGCCAGUGUGUGCUGGUCAGAAUUGUAGCCUCAGGCAAUAUUACUGUAAUGAAUUAAGAGUGUAAAUGUGUGUAGUGUAAUUCAUGUCCAUGAGGCUCUCAUUAUGUCCAAAAGCUAUUUAGAAGGUUGUAAACACUUCGUUUAUGCUCAAGCUUUGAAAGUAUUAAUGAUUCCUACUUUGCAGAAAUGCCUUUUAUUGCGGUUGUGUCCGGAACCAAUUAACAGUGCUAAACAAGGGACAACAAUCAUUUUCAGACACCACAAAUAACACAGACAUUAUACACGCAAAACAUAAAGCAAAAUGCAACAAGAUAAAUGAACAUUUAACACCACUUUUUUAUUGAGGACUCCACUUACCAUAUCAGUGUGAUGCAUUCAGUGGCACACUGGAAACACGGACUCUUGCUGACAUUGAUUGGGCCAUUUCUGUAUGCUACAACUUUAUUUGCCUGGAAGGUGGUUUUUUUUUAACCACAAUGG